ACCAAAAAUGGUGAUGGUGGGGGUUGCUCACCACCAAAUGAGCUGAUGAUUAUCUCUGAUAACACUUGUCACCUUUUUAAUUCAUCAUUACAAGCAAGGGCACCACAAGCAAACCAACCAGCUGCGCCAUGAUGGAGUCAAUCGAGUCCACUGUCCCACCAGGUUUCCGAUUUCAUCCAACUGAUGAAGAGCUCGUCGGCUACUAUCUCAGGAAGAAAGUUGCCUCCCAGAAGAUCGAUCUUGAUGUCAUCAGAGACAUUGAUCUCUACAGAAUCGAACCAUGGGACCUUCAAGAGAGAUGCCGGAUCGGGUAUGAAGAGCAGAACGAGUGGUACUUCUUCAGCCACAAAGACAAGAAGUAUCCGACUGGGACAAGGACCAACAGAGCCACCAUGGCUGGGUUUUGGAAAGCAACGGGUCGAGACAAAUCAGUAUACGACAAGACAAAACUGAUUGGGAUGAGGAAAACCCUUGUUUUCUACAAAGGAAGGGCUCCAAAUGGACAGAAGACCGAUUGGAUUAUGCACGAAUACAGACUUGAAUCCGAGCAAAUUUACAUCCUCACCGUUCAACAGGAUUGCGUGCCCGUCAACCGAACCCUAGUACUUGACUAUGGAAACCUACGUAGAGCAUAG